CAUUGACGAAAGAUCAACACGUCUGGUCUGGAUUAUUCCUUCCUUAGCUCGCCUGACAACACCUGUAUCCCUUCAGGUAUAUAAGGGGCAGGCCAGAGGGACCAACGCAGUCAUCGAGGGCCUCAGAGCAACAGGACAAAGGAUGGCACAGAAGUUUAGCCUCAGCGGGGUGCUUCCGGCACUCUGCCUCCUCCUGCUGGCUGUCUACACCCAAGGUCUACAGGUGUGCCCAAGUCUCUCCUGCCCGACUCCCGCCGGCUUUUUUGCCCACCCAACGAAUUGCGACAGUUACGUGAAGUGUUCGCAUGGAGUCGUUACCAUCAAGCAGUGCCCGGAAGGCCUUGACUUCAACCCGGAAAUGAGGCGCUGCGAUUAUCCCCGACUCGCGCAGUGCAACAUCACAGCGCGGCUGGUGGAGUCUGGGUGUUCCCUCAAAACCAGUGACCCGAAAACACGCCUCAAGCUCGACUUGUUCGACUCCUCAGAGUCCUCAGACUCCUCAGAGUCCUCAGACUCCUCAGAGUCCUCAGGGUCCUCGGAGUCGUCAGCGGAGUGUGACUGUGACUGUUGCCUCAAACCCCACGACGUGUGCACCAAAUACUACGAGUGUGUUCAGAGCGGCGAAGCUGUUGUGAGGGAGUGUUCAGAUGGGCUGGUAUUCAAUCCUCACAUUGAGAACUGCGACUUCCCGAGCAACUACCAGUGUCCUACGACCCCGCCCGUGUGUGAGUGUGACUGUCGCUACCCCGUGGAGGGUGAAUGCAACGCUUUCUACGAUUGCAAGGACGGAGAGCCAGAGAAGAAAUACUGCCCUGACGGUCUCUUCUUCAACCCUGAAACCAAUGUCUGCGGCCUGCACUGCCAUCAAACCACGCCGCGCCCUCCAACCACCACCACCACCACCACUCCUGAACCCACCACCACGACUACCACCACUACCACACCUGAGCCAACCACCACGACUACCACCACUACCACACCUGAGCCAACCACCACGACUACCACCACUACCACACCUGAGCCAACCACCACCACUACCACCACCACCACUCCUGAACCCACCACCACCACCACCACCACCACCACUCCUGAACCUACCACCACCACCACUACUACUACCACACCUGAGCCAACCACCACGACUACCACCACUACCACACCUGAGCCAACCACCACGACUACCACCACUACCACACCUGAGCCAACCACCACGACUACCACCACUACCACACCUGAGCCAACCACCACGACUACCACCACUACCACACCUGAGCCAACCACCACGACUACCACCACUACCACACCUGAGCCAACCACCACGACUACCACCACUACCACACCUGAACCAACCACCACGACUACUACCACCACACCACCUCCUCCUCCUACCACUACUACUACCACCACAACCACACCUAAACCGAUCACUACCACUACGGUGUCACCAUUCCCAUGCGUGGAUUGCUCCGGAGGCCAGCAGUACUUCCCUCAUCCCACAGACUGCAGGAAGUUUAUCCAGUGCGCCCCUUACGGGCCACAGGAAAUGCCAUGUGCCGAGGGCACCAUUUGGAACCAGUGGCUCCUCACCUGUGACCACGAAGACAUUACACCUUGUGUCACCGGCAGCUACGUGGGUCCCGAUGGCAACUGUGUUCAUCCCGUCAUCACCACACCUAAAACCACCACCACCACCACCACCAUCACCACCAAGGCCCCAGUCACAACACCUGAUGGCUCUGUGUGUGACGUUGCUUGCCCCGCUGCGCAAGGACUCUUCCCACACCCUCAGAAGUGUGGUAAAUGGGUUCACUGUGACCAUAACAUCCCUUACGUGAAGGACUGCCCCGCUGGUCUACACUUCAACCCACGACUGAAGGUGUGCGACUGGCCACAGUCAGCGGGCUGCACCUCUGGACCAGACCACAUCUGUGAGAUUCCCACACCCGUCCCAACCACACCAGCCCCCAAUGCCACAGAGCCCACCCCCAGCCCUAUGUGUGACUGCGCGUGCUGCCACAAACCUGCAGACGACUGCACCGCCUACUACUAUUGUGAUGAGGAUCAGUCACUGAGCUACCACAAGUGUUCGGAGGGACUCGUGUUCCACCCAGACUUCGACACGUGUGUGUAUGCUGACAUGUACCCGCAAUGUAUCGUCACCGAGCCACCACCAGUCUGUCUCUGCGACUGCUACUAUCCCUCUGAAGUCUGCUCCUCCUAUUAUCACUGCGAUGAAGGAGUCCCAGUCAAGCUGGACUGUCCCGAGGGCUUGUACUGGAACCAAGACAAGAAAUCGUGCGAUCUGCCCCAGUUCGUGAACUGCACCAUGCCCAUCCGGCGUCGUCCCCACCACUAGCCAAAGAUCCCGCGUGUUUGACGCCGCCAGGAAAGCCAGAUGAUCCACGACAUUCAUGCAGCCAGCACAGCCAUUUGCAAACCACGGCAAGCGUUGCCUGCUCAUGCUUACCCGUUCUAAGAAAUUAUAUCCAGCUUGAGUGAUGGAAAAUAUGUUGAUCUUUGCUUAAACUAAGUUAAUUUUGACAUAUAAAGAAAAUACUCUUAUAAGUAAAGACCAGUGGUGUCCAUAAUUGCCUCUUAUUCAUCUCUUUUUCAUUUACUCUAGAGUUAAAUUACUAUUUUUUUUAUUAGAUCACCUCAAGCUCAUUUUCUCAGACUUUGAUUGCAAGUGUAAGAUAUUUCGAACUCUAUAUAAAUGUUGUAAGGUGCUAUGAAAAUAAAGUUCCAUGCAAUUUC